CGCCUCUCCACGCGCAAGCCGGCGCACCGCAGACCCAUAAAAAGCCGUAGGAUCCAACCAGCUGAGCUCGGAGUCCCACGGCUCACCGGGGCCAAGGCGGCAAAUCUGCGGCGGCUGGUGACGCGCGCGUUCUUCCUUCUUCCGCUCUGCUUCGACUGACGCUCGCGGAUGACGUCGUUAGCAUGAUGGCGGCCGCGAGGCCGGGAAGGUGAAGUUCCACAGCCCUCAAGCCCAGUCCUUGGCCAGGCUGCGCUCCCUCCUCACCUCCCACCCCUCUGGAUUGGCCUCUGCCAGCGCCCCUGCUUCUGGCCAGCCCUUGGCUGACCACCCCGAGUCUGAUUAGAACUGGUGGAGUUAACAUAAUCAGUGGCCAACCUCAACCUGAGACAGCAUAGAAGAGAACAGAAAUACUUAUCAUCUUUUUGACCCAGCCAUGUCCACGAUGCCCACCUGGUGAAGGUCUAUUACCAUCCAAGAACUUCUCCUCUGCUCCGGUUGUGCCAGCAGACGAUCCGGUGGAUCCAUUUUCUUUUCCCUGCUAGGAGUUGCUGUACAUAAAUCUGGCGCGAUGUCCCUGUUCUUCUCUCGAUGCAACUCCAUUGUCACGGUCAAGAAGGAUAAGAGACACAUGGCUGAGGUGAAUGCUUCUCCACUCAAGCACUUUGUCACUGCCAAGAAGAAGAUCAAUGGCAUUUUUGAGCAGCUGGGGGCCUACAUCCAAGAGAGCGCCACCUUCCUCGAGGACACCUACAGGAAUGCAGAGCUGGACCCUGUUACGACAGAAGAACAGGUUCUGGACGUCAAAGGCUACUUGUCCAAAGUGAGGGGCAUCAGCGAGGUGCUGGCCCGGCGGCACAUGAAAGUGGCAUUUUUUGGCCGGACAAGCAACGGGAAGAGCACCGUGAUCAAUGCCAUGCUCUGGGACAAAGUUCUGCCCUCCGGGAUCGGCCACACCACCAACUGCUUCCUGCGGGUGGAGGGCACGGAUGGCCACGAGGCCUUCCUCCUCACGGAGGGCUCCGAGGAGAAGAGGAGCAUCAAGACUGUGAACCAGCUGGCGCACGCCCUGCACCAGGACGAGCAGCUGCACGCCGGCAGCCUGGUGAGUGUGAUGUGGCCCAACUCCAAGUGCCCUCUGCUGAAGGACGACCUCGUGCUGAUGGACAGCCCUGGCAUUGACGUCACCACAGAGCUGGACAGCUGGAUUGACAAGUUUUGCCUGGACGCUGAUGUGUUCGUGCUGGUGGCCAACUCGGAGUCCACCCUGAUGCAGACGGAGAAGCAGUUCUUCCACAAAGUGAGCGAGCGCCUGUCCCGCCCCAACAUCUUCAUCCUCAACAACCGCUGGGACGCGUCCGCCUCGGAGCCCGAGUACAUGGAGGAGGUGCGGCGGCAGCACAUGGAGCGCUGCACCGGCUUUCUGGUGGACGAGCUGGGCGUGGUGGACCGAGGCCAGGCCGGAGACCGCAUCUUCUUUGUGUCUGCCAAGGAGGCACUCAACGCCAGGAUCCAGAAGGCCCAGGGCAUGCCUGAAGGAGGGGGCGCUCUUGCAGAAGGCUUUCAAGUGAGGAUGCUUGAGUUCCAGAAUUUCGAGAGGAGGUUUGAGGAAUGCAUCUCCCAGUCUGCAGUGAAGACCAAAUUUGAGCAGCACACAGUGCGGGCCAAGCAGAUUGCAGAGGCAGUUCGCCUCAUCAUGGACUCUCUGCACGUCGCGGCUCAGGAGCAGCGGGUUUACUGCCUGGACAUGCGUGAGGAGCGGCAGGAGCGGCUGAGGUUUAUUGACAAACAGUUGGAGCUCUUGGCGCAAGACUACAAACUGCGGAUUAAGCAGAUUACGGAGGAAGUGGAGAGGCAGGUGUCAACGGCGAUGGCCGAGGAGAUCCGGCGCCUCUCGGUGCUGGUGGACGAGUACCAGAUGGAUUUCCACCCUUCUCCAGUCGUCCUCAAGGUUUAUAAGAAUGAACUGCACCGCCAUAUAGAGGAAGGACUGGGCCGAAACAUGUCUGACCGCUGCUCCACAGCCAUCACCAGCUCCCUGCAAACCAUGCAGCAGGAGAUGAUAGACGGCCUGAAACCCCUCCUUCCUGCGUCAGUGCGGAGUCAGAUCGACAUGCUGGUCCCGCGGCAGUGCUUCUCCCUCAGCUACGACCUGAACUGCGACAAGCUGUGUGCUGACUUCCAGGAGGACAUCGAGUUCCAUUUUUCUCUCGGCUGGACCAUGCUGGUGAAUAGGUUCCUGGGCCCCAAGAGCAGCCGCCGGGCCUUGAUGGGCUACAAUGACCAGGUUCAGCGUCCCGUCCCUCUGACGCCAGCCAACCCCAGCAUGCCCCCCCUGCCGCAGGGCUCCCUCACCCAGGAAGAGCUCAUGGUUUCCAUGGUCACCGGCCUGGCCUCCCUGACGUCCAGGACCUCCAUGGGCAUUCUGGUUGUUGGAGGAGUGGUGUGGAAGGCGGUGGGCUGGCGGCUCAUCGCCUUGUCCUUUGGGCUCUAUGGCCUGCUCUACGUCUAUGAGCGUCUGACCUGGACCACGAAGGCCAAGGAGAGGGCGUUCAAGCGCCAGUUUGUGGAGUAUGCCAGCGAGAAGCUGCAGCUCAUCAUCAGCUACACGGGCUCCAACUGCAGCCACCAAGUCCAGCAGGAGCUUUCUGGGACGUUUGCUCAUUUGUGCCAGCAAGUCGACGUUACCCGGGAGAACCUGGAGCAGGAAAUUGCUGCUAUGAACCAGAAAAUUGAGGUUCUUGACUCACUUCAGAGCAAAGCAAAACUGCUCAGGAAUAAAGGCGGUUGGAUGGACAGUGAACUCAACAUGUUCGUGCACCAGUACCUGCAGCCCGGCAGAUAGUGGGCAGCCCGGAGCCGGAGCUCGCGUGGGGAAGGGCGGCGCCACCAGCACGGGGGGCCGCCACCAGAGCCACGCGCUGCUCCUGGCCAGCCCCCUUGAGGAUGAAAGCACCAGUGUUUCACACCACUCUGGGCCCUCACACCAGUUCCUCCCCCGCCUUCGCCUGCCGCUGCAGGAGGAUUUCCCGGCUCACAUCCUGAAGGAGACUUGUUAGAGACCGUGGACAGCGUGGCCCUGAGAAGCUGAGUCGAGUCAUCUCUGCCCCAUCGGGGGCACCUGACUGAGCAUCGGAGCGCUCGGCCGGGUCCCGGGAUCCCCCAGUACCACAGAAUGCCUGCCCGGAGCCUCUCGGGGUGUCAGGCACACACCCCUGCUCCAGCCAACACUAAUGCUGACUCACGCGUACCUGUGCCCCUCGCACCCCACACACGUGCCGGAAAGGGCACCUUAGGGGAUGGUUGGGUUUUCUUCCCACAGAGCAUUGGCGGGGAUCUGGCCCAGAGGCCCUGAGGCUCGUGUCCCUUCAGUCCUUCAGCUUCCGUGCUUUGCCCCUCGAGCAGAGCCUCUCAGACUCGCCUUGGUGUCAGGGCUCAGCACAGAGGCCGUGGGUUACAGGUGAGGUGGACCCUGUGCCACAGGGGGCGGGGGCCCCGGAGGUGACUGGCGAGGUGAGAAUAGCGUAGUGGAGCGCGUAUGUGUGUGUGUGUGUAGGGGUGUGCUCUCCCGACACCUGUGCUGUUGGGGUGGCUGUUACCAUGACAAGGAGGGACAGGCCUCCCUGCUCUUCAUUGUGCCCCCUGUUCUGCAUAGUCUGGUUUUGUUAUUAGCAAAGGGAGGUUUGGUUCUGAUCGUCAGAGGAUGUAGUAGAAGGAAAGAUGGUGGAAGGAAGGGGACGUUGGCAGCAGGUUGCGAGUAGCGGCCCCCUUUCGGACAGCCGGAGAGGGUGGCGUCGGUGCAGAGCAGGGCUUCCAUUGGACCUCACUCUGCGGGGCUCAUGGGGGCCAAGAGCCCACCCCACUAGCUUGGUUGCAUCCAUGUUAGGCCCUUUAAAAGACAUGUCCCCACCCCCAGCUUGGUCCAAGCUGCCCUUGGCCCAUGGUCUCUGGACUCACUCCCGUGCCAUUUCUACUGCAUUUGGCUCAGAGACCGAGUGGGAACCCUGGGACCCGGCCUCCCCGAUCCCCAGAGCCUCCGACCAACACGCACGUGGCCUCCUGUUAACUAAGAAAUGUUUUCCUUUGUUGGGUUUGGGUUUAGGGAUUGUUACUGGUUAAAGUAGGGGCAGGUUCCUGUCUCCAGUGUGUCAGCUCUCUGGGCAAGCAGCUUUCGGGGACAGCCUUUGCAGCACACGUCAGAGAACAUGCUAGAAACAAGCAGCCUCAUCCAGCAAGCAGCGGGGCUUAGGCAGAGCGCUGGGGUUUGUCCUGUUUGUUUGAGUCCACUUGCUUUCUGGCAUCAGGAUGUGAGCUGGUGGCCUCUUCUGGCCACGCAAGGGGUGUCCUCUCCAGGUCCCUGCUGGUCCUUCAAGCCCUCGGUCUGCCCCGUCGUGAGGAACAAAGCGAUGGACGUUGCUGAGUUGGCACGUGGCAGGAGGACUUGCCGGCCUGGAUGGUGGCCACCUCACAGCGUGUCAGGAGGAAUCGCUGUCACACAAUUCCAAUGGAUUUUGUGCUUUUUGGGAAAAAAAUGUAGUAUAACUAAACAUGAAUUGUUUUGAAUGUAGCCCCUGGGCAGUGAACAGAACGGUGAACUUACGCAAUGAGUAAAAUGAAAUAUAUACCAAGGAGGGAGAGACUUUCUAAAAGAAAUGUGGCAAAAAGACACUCUAACCUAAUGCUGCUGACUUUGUUCUGUUUUUAUGUUUGUUCGCUGGAGUGCGAGACAUGUAUUUAAGGUGAUGUAUUUGCCUGAAUUACUUCUGUAUCAUUGCUGAUAUUAUUGGAAACUAAAAUAAAACCGGUUGGGAACCCUU